CGCCGAAAAGUAGUGUCCGAAGUCUGAAUUUUGAUCAUUGAAGCUUUUCAAACUUCAAUAGUCCAUGGCGUUGUCAAAUUCCCUUUUCUUUCCUUCUUCUUACGCCGUCGACCUCCGACGUUCCACGGUUCCCGAUUCCGGCAUCGCCCCUUUUUUCACUUCUUUUGACUCUUCUAGAUUCCGCUGCAACUUUUCUCAGUGCGGCAUUAGGCCCAAUUUCUCUGCAAGAAAACGCAUUGUUUCUGCUGCUAACAAUGGUUUCAACACGGUUAAUUCAACUUCAUUGGGGACUGGCCAAGAUAAAGAUGAUUAUAUUCCAAUGCCAAUUGUUUUGAUUGAUCAAGAUUCAGAUUCAGAAGCAACAGUUGUGCAGCUGAGUUUUGGAGAUCGUUUGGGUGCUCUCAUUGACACGAUGAGAGCAUUGAAAGAUUUGGGAUUGGAUGUUGCAAAGGGAACUGUUGCCACUGAAGGACCAGUCAAACAAACAAAAUUUUUCAUCACACGAUUAGACAAUGGGCGCAAAGUUGAAGAUCCUGAUCUGUUGGAGAGAAUUCGACUCACCAUUAUAAACAAUCUUUUGAAGUACCAUCCAGAAUCUAGUGAGCGACUUGCUAUGGGUGAGGCUUUUGGAGUAAAGGCUCCAGAGAAAAAGCUUGAUGUCGACAUUGCUACUCGUAUACGUGUAAAGGAAGAUGGACCCAAGAGAAGCUUGCUUUCUAUAGAGACAGCAGAUCGACCUGGACUGCUGGUAGAGAUUAUCAAAAUCAUUGCUGAUAUCAACAUUGAUGUAGAAUCCGCAGAAAUUGAUACAGAGGGAUUAGUAGCGAAAGACAAGUUUCAUGUCAGCUACAGAGGAGCAGCUUUAAAUAGUUCUUUGUCUCAGGUGCUGGUGAAUUGCUUGCGCUAUUACCUUAGAAGGCCGGAAACCGAUAUCGAUAGUUAUUAAUACUUGAAGGUGUGCUCUCCCUAUAAAUAAAAUUGUCUGGUUCUUGUACCAAAUCUAAUAUGAGCUCAUGAUAUCUAACUAUUCUUGUUUUUGAGCUCAUGAUUUAUAGAUUCAUGUUGUACUAUGCAUUCUGGGAUUUUUCUUGAAUCUUCGCACUUGCAUGAAUUGCAUCCUAUAUGAAAGCUAAAUCUUGGUUACAUAACUAAA